AUGGUACGCACGCCGUCCAUCGGCUCGGGCGACAAGGACAAGGAAAAGGCAAACGCGACCCUGUCCUCCGCAUUCGCUUCCAUGAUGGCCGUCGGCGCUCCUCAUCACAGCACGCGCAACCCUUUUGCCAUCGGUCAGCUCAAGAUCGCAGACUCCUCCGACUCGCAUCGCAGUCGCAGCGACCGUUCCGCUGCAUCUUCCCAUCACGACGACGAGCGCUCUGGGAAAAAGUCCAGACGUCUCAGUGCAUUUGGACGAUCCGGUCGCAGCAUCUCGCCCUUCCGCUUCAGCUCAAGAAGGCGUUCCUCCUCCGCCAACCGCCUCAAGAUCAAUCCGGACGACGACACCGGCUCAGAGAGCGGUCCGCGCAGCGAAAGGGACCACGACAGCGACAACGACUCGGUCAUAAGCUCCUCCUCCGGCAUCACUCCCAGAAACAGCGCAUUCUACAAUCCAUACGACGACGACGACCCCGACGCCGCAGCCCCCCACUCCCACCGCAGACCUCAUCCCGCGUCUCCCAACGCACCCACAGUCCCAUUACCAAAAUCCUCCUCUUCCACCAGCCUCGCCUCGUCCAACCACGACGAUCCGCACGGCGCCGAGGCGGAUGUCGAGUCCGACGACGACGCCGCCUCAGACACCUCCGACCUCGAUAACAAGCUCACCUCGGCAGACGCGCAAGACGGCGACGAUGAAGACGACGAGGACGACGACGAGAUGGACUCGAUCGUGCUCGACAACACGCUCUACAAUGCAGGCUGCCUCACCAAGCACGAGCACUGGAACGGCGAGAGCAAAUCCGAAGACGGUCACCACCACUUUGAAACCUACGAGGACGAAGACCUGGAGCGCGAUGACGAGCACAUCACCGCUCCCAACGUCGUGCUCAGCGAAGACCAAGUGUCCACUUUCCUCCUGCGACGCGGCUCCAAGAUGCUCUCGCUCGCCACCUCCCGCCCGCGCUUCGAGCGCAACCGAUGCACCAUCACCAUCAGCCACGGCGACGCCGAUGCUGCCGCCAAGGCGAGCAAGCGUCCCAAGCGCUACGUCGUCGCCAGCGACGGUUCCGAGGAAUCCUCCUACGCCGUCGAAUGGACCAUCGGCACCGUGCUGCGCGACGGCGACGAGAUGCUCGUCGUCUCGGUCAUGGAGACCGACACCAAGCUCGACGCGCUCGACCCCAAGCACGAAGAGGUCUCGGCGCGCAUGGAGCACCAGCGCAUCCGCCAGGCCAUGGCAUCGGUGCUCGCCAAGCAAGCCACCCACCUCCUGGAGCGCACCCGUCUCGAGGUCAGGAUCUCGUGCCAGGCCAUCCACGCCAAGAAUCCGCGCCACAUGCUCCUCGACCUAAUCGACUUUUACGAGCCCACCAUGGUCGUCGUCGGCUCGCGCGGUCUGGGCUCCUUGCGCGGCAUCCUGCUUGGCUCCACCUCGCACUACCUCGUGCAAAAGUCUUCAGCGCCCGUCAUGGUGGCGCGAAAGAGGCUCAAGCUUCCGGCGCUGCCGCGGGGCAAGGGCGAUGUGGUCGAGUCGGUGCGCGCGCGACACAUGCGUCUCGACCAGGCCUCCAUCGAAAAGGUCUCCAACGCAGGCGAGGACGACAAGAACGACACCGCCGCCGACGCCGACGACGCAGCUGCCAGCGAAGACGUCUCUCCCGACAAUGAAUCGCCCGACGCGAAAGGCGCCGAGCAGGCCUCGACCGAUGCACAGACGGGCGACUCGGCGCCGGCCAGGGCGAGCACGCCUCCUCGGCGCACGAGUGGAUCCGACGACGGCAGCUCGUCGGUGCACAAGGCUGGAGUCGAAGGCAGCCCCAAGCUGCAGCGCAAGGCGUCCAAGGCGGAACCCACGAUCAUCUCCAACACCUCGCUCGAGAGGGAGGCCGAGACGCGCAAGCAGAUCCAGCAGCGCAAGGAGGAAGCGGCCAAGCUGCACGAGGGCGACAAGAAGCGCCACGUCUUUGCGCACUCGUCCGACCACCUCAAGACUUCCAAGAGUGCCAGCCGUCCGGGCAGCGAAGACGACACUGAUCCCACCGACGACGAGCCCAAGUCGGCGCAGCUGCACCCAGGCGCAGCUGCGCGUGCGGCGAAUUAG